AUGCAUUGGUCAUACAUAAGAUUUAGUAUUGUAUCAAUGUUAACUAUGUUGGCUGGAGCACAGACCGUCCACGUUAUAUACAAACCUCUCACCGAUGUGGAUAAGCUAGUAGAAGAAGAAUUAGAAAAAUGGAAAGCUAGCCAUUAAUUGAUAUAAUGUAUAAUAUCAAAUGAUGUAUAAUAGAAAAUAAAUUACAUUUAGCA